AUGAAGCUAGGAGUGGGAAUGGGGAAUAUUGUAUUGAAUGAUGACGAUAAGUCUAUGGCGGUUGCAGUUUUGGGAACUAAGGCAUUCGAUUUCUUGAUUUCGAAGUCAGUUUUCCUGGAAUGCUCAUUGAUAUCUGUGGGGAAUGGUGAGAAUUUGCAGAAUAAGCUUUCAGAUCUUGUGGAGCGUUCUGAUGUGGCCAAUUUUAGUUGGAAUUAUGCUAUUUUCUGGCAACUUUCGUACUCCAAGUCUGGUGACUUGGUCCUGGGAUGGGGAGAUGGGUGUUGUCGAGAGCCUCGUGAAGGUGAGGAAUCGACAAUUAGUUUUAUUUUCAAACCGAGACUUGGGAACGAGACUCAACAAAGGAUGAGGAAAAUGGUUUUGCAGAUGUUGCACAAUUUGUUUGGGGGAAUUGAUGAGGAGAACUAUGCUUUUGUAUUGGAUAAGAUUACAGAUACUGAAAUAUUCUUCCUUGCAUCAAUGUACUUUUCUUUCCCUAAAGGAGAAGGUGGUCCGGGGAAGUGUUUUGAAUCUGGGAAGCAUAUCUGGAUUUCGGAUCUAUUUAAGUCAUCAAUUGAUUUUUUUAUCAGGUCAUUCCUCGCCAAGUCUGCUGGUAUGCAAACGGUUGUUUUGAUUCCCACCGAUGUUGGAGUGGUGGAGUUAGGAUCAAUGCGAUCCAUCCCGGAAAACUCGGAGUUACUGGAUACAGUAAGAUCUUCCUUUUCGUCGUUUUCAUUGCGUGGUAUGGCCGAGAAAUCUGCGGCUGUGACGGCGGUAACCGACAAAAUAAAUGAAGACGGCCCCACAUGUAGCUUGGCAAUUGGUAACCAACAGGAAGUGGUUACCAAGUUUUUUGGGAAGGAUUUAGAGUCGGGUAGUUCACAAUUCGGGUUAAACCUUCCUGUUGGAAAAUUGGAAGACAGGCAACGGGAUGUGUCUGGUAGUGGGAACAGAUUGUCAUUAGCCAACACUGUGAAUGGCUUUGAUGCUGCAACAUGGACACAAUUCAACAGUGUAAAACCAGGGAACCCACUGGAAAUUUGCAGACCCGAGGCCCCAGGGAAAAAAUUACAUGAACUUGUUAAUGGGGCAAAGGAUGGGUUUCAGCUUAAAAAACUUCAGCAACAAAAACCAGCGAAAAUGCAGAUUGAUUUAACUGGAGCGACCUCAAAGUUAACUCCUCAGCCUAUUAGUGUCGAGUCUGAGCAUUCAGAUGUUGAGGCUUUGAGCAAGGAAGAGCAUGCAAGCCUAUUGGAGGAGAUUAGGCCUCGGAAGCGUGGCAGGAAGCCUGCCAAUGGAAGAGAAGAGCCACUCAAUCAUGUACAGGCAGAGAGACAACGACGAGAGAAGUUGAACCAACGAUUCUAUGCAUUGCGAGCUGUUGUGCCGAAUAUCUCCAAGAUGGACAAGGCUUCCCUUUUGGGAGAUGCUAUUGCUUAUAUAAAUGAACUUGAGAAGAAGUUGAAGGACAUGGAAUUGGAGAAGGAAAAACUUGGAAGUUCUUCGGGAGAGUCAUCGUCUUUGGAAGCUAAACCAAAAUCAGAAAUGCAUGACCGAGUUCCCCGAAUUGAAAUCGAAACAGUCCAUGACAAAGUCAUCGUGAAGGUAAGCAGCCCAUUGAACACCCACCCCAUAGCAAGGACUGUCCAAGCAAUCAAGGAUGCACAGGCUACUAUUCUUCAGUCAUUGAUUGUCGCAGGGAGUGAAAAAGUAUUUCACACAUUUGUUGUCAAGCCACAAGGAUCAGAACAACUAACCCAGGAGAGGUUGAUAGAAGUACUUUCCCGCAAGUCCAACACCUCACAGCCAUCAUCAUCGGUGGGGUAA